AUGCUCCCAUCAGGUUCAUCGGUUGUGUUCAAAGAAUCAACGUAUUUCUUGCGGAAUGGACCAGAAAUCUCCCUGCCUUUGCCUGCCGAGGUCCGCGCCCAUCAACGCCAGGGGCAAUAUGGGCCCAUUCAGUUCGAAUCGCUCAACCUCCUGGUCAAAUACGGAAAAGAGAUCACUAUCGCGGAGGGGCAAUGUCUCUGGGCUAUCCGUCGCUUCUUGCCUUCCCAAGUCCCAGUUCCCGAAGUCUAUGGCUGGUGCGAAGACAAUGGCGAAGUUUUCGUUUACAUGGAGCUUGUUAAAGGCGUUACAUUGGAAAAAAGAUGGGAGUCGCUCUCAAAACAAGAGAGGAAAAUCGUCUGUGACCAGCUUCGAGCUAUGUUACUAGCACUACGCAAUCUACAACAGGAUCCAAAGGAUCAGUUUCUAGGUCAUAUCAACCGCCAACCUCUGCUAGAUAUCGUAUUCACAGACGACACAAAACCUUCCGCUGGCCCAUUCGCCUCAGUAAAAGAAUUUCAUGACUGGCUAUCUUAUUUGACCAAACAAGGGAAGGAGAUCCACUGGCCAGACCCUUCACAAAUUCCUGAUCCAUUCCGGCACUUACUUCCGGACAACUCGCCAAUUACCUUUACUCAUGCAGACCUACAUCCAAGCAACAUCAUCGUGUCUACAGACAAACCCUAUCGCAUUGUGGGUAUCAUUGACUGGCAUCAAUCGGGCUGGUAUCCAGAAUACUGGGAAUACUGCAAGGCCGUAUUCACAGCCGAUCCCAACGGAGAAUGGGAGACCGAAUACAUACCACGAUUUUUGGAGGUUGCUGAUUGCUAUGGUGCUUGGAGCUAUUAUUCUCAAACUCUUGGAUACUGA